AUGCCUACCGCCAAUCCUUACGACUUAGAUCCUGAAAUGCAAGCUCUUUUAAAGAUCGAGACGUUUCAGGGAAAGUUUACAACCCGAGAUUUUGUAGAGAAUAUGUCAAAAAAUUUAUUGAUACACGCAAAUCCUAAAGCUUUCGAUCCUAAACCUUUCAUAAGAACCUUUGAAAGGUCCAUUGAUGAACUUCUUAAACUUAGAGAAACUGUAACCGAACAAAGCAAGGAUUUGGAAGCAACUGUGCAAUUGACUGAAGCUGGUCAUCGUAAAAAAUUACAUGAACUUAAAACUACUUUUGAGGAUGUUGUGCAUUCCUUCGAAAAUUUAGAAACCAGAAUUAAUGAAGUUGGUAACACUGCCAUUAGAAUAGGGGAGCAAUUAGAAACCAUUGAUAGACAGAGGCUCCGAGCUUCAGAAUCAAAAGAUUUAAUCGAAUACUUCAUGGCAUUUAAUAAAGGCGACAUAUCAAGAUUGGAAAACUUAAGGACACAAGGGACCGAAGGUCAAUUUAAGGCUUCUAUUAUCGCUAGAAGAUUGAAUAUUAUUGCAAAAGAAGUGGAUAUUCCUGGUGCAGAAGAUGCAGGGGCGCGUAUCGAAAAAUAUUGUGAAGUUUUGGAGAAAGAGUUACUUGAUCAAUUCGAUAAGGCAUAUAGACAAAAGGAUGUCAAAACCAUGCGUAAUUGCGCAAAAAUCCUUCAAGAAUUUAAUGGUUGUGAAUCAUGCGUAAAAUUAUACGUUAAUCAGCAUGAAUUUUUUAUCACAAAAGUAAAUCUUAGUCAAUCAAACGAAUUUUUGACAAGUUCAAGUUGGAAUGACUUACCAAAUCCUCAGGUACCGCCCCCACCCGUCGAUCAAGGACUUAUUAAUCUUUAUCAAGAGAUUAGAACAACUGUUAAUCAAGAGGCUCAAAUCAUAAAUGUUGUUUUCCCUGAUCCGGUUGGAGUCAUGCAAGUUUUCUUACAACGUAUUUUUGCUCAAUUGAUCCAAACUUAUCUCGAAAGUCUUCUGUCACAUGCUGAAAGUAAUUCAACUUUAGCUUAUUUACGUAGUUUGGUAGCUGCACAUACUGCGACAAAAGAACUCGUUGAAGACUUGGAAGGCUUAGAUAUGCGUCAGAAAGGUUUAUCUGAUACUAGCUAUUUGGAUGCAAAUGAUGCAUCACAACAAAAUAGUGGUACCAUUGCUGAAAUAUUAGAGCAAUGUAUUCGCGAUUUAUUUGUUCCAUAUACCGAGGGGGAUCGUUAUAUUGAAAAGGAAAAAAAAUCAUUAGGAGAAUUAUAUUCAUCCUUACUAUUGCAGUUUACAGCUUAUCAUACUCAACAAAAACAAUUACGUGCAGGUAGCUUGCUUGGUCGAGCAUUUAAUCAGAUAACAUUAUCUUCUAAUACAAAUAUUAUGGAUGUUCCGACCAUUGAGGAUGAUGGAAACUUGUCAAUUAAUACUGCCAUGUUGAUUCUCAAAAUACAUGCUGAAGCAAUAAGGCGUGCUGUGAAGCUUAGUCCAUUUACCGAAUUGCCAAAAUUUGCGGGAGUACUGUUUUAUGUCCUUCUAGAGUAUAUCGGAAAGCAAUAUGUUGAAACUGCUUUGGACACUUGUCUUGAUCAAAUUUCCGUGAUGGAUCCAAAAUCAGAUCUUUAUUUUAAAUCGUUUUCUGUAAUUAAGGUCGCAGGAGAUACUAUACAUUUAGCACAAAAUCAUUUUCAAUCUGCAAUUCUUCCUUUGGCUUCUCCGUCAUUGACUAUGCAUCGCGACCUUACUUCUGAUAAAAAUAGAUUUAUGAUGGGUGUAGAAAAUAAAAUCAAUUCGACUGUACAAAAAAUGAUCGAUGCUAUUAUUUCGAGGUUGAAUUAUUUAUUAUCUCGUCAGAAAAAAGUCGAUUUUCGACCUAGGGAUGAGGAUGACGUGAUUGCAAGUCUAGCAACUGCGCCUUGCAAUAAUUGUGUUGAAUGUCUAAAAAAGGUUCAUGCAAAUGUUAAACAUUUCAAAAAGUUUAGUGUGAGUCCGGCUGGUGGUUUAGUUUUAACAAAGGACAUUGCUAAAUAUCAAGAAACUAUUACUCUUUUUAAAAUUCCUCAGUUAGACGAACGAUUUGAAAUGCUUCGUCAACUUGGCAAUUUAUUUAUUGUCAAGCCUGAAAUUUUGAAAUCUGUACUUAAUGAAGGAUAUCUUGCCAAGGUAGAUAUCAAAUACAUACUUCCUUAUCUUCAAGCUCGUACAGAUUUCAAAUCAGCUGGGAUUGACACGCUUCUCGGUGCGACGAUUGAAAUUGGUACUGGAGAGCGAAACUUUAAUGAAAAGGCUAGAGCAAGACUUGCGGCCAUGGGUCUCAAUAUUAGUCUUGGAGGAGACUAUUUGUGGA